ACUACUCCUUGCCCACACAGUGACAUUGCUAGUUGCUCAGAAUACAGUGAGAUUCAAGAAGCAUGUUAGGAAUACAGAUUGUAGCUUUUAUAUUUUGUUUUGGUGGAAUUGGUGCUAUUAUUGCUGCCACUGCAUCAAACGAGUGGAAAGUAACUAGCAGAGCAUCCUCAGUUAUUACUGCAACUUGGGUUUUCCAGGGUCUUUGGAUGAACUGUGCAGGGAACGCUCUGGGGGCUUUUCACUGCAGACCACAUUUCACCAUCUUCAGAUUAGAAGGUUAUAUACAAGCCUGCAGAGGACUCAUGAUAGCUGCUGUCAGUCUUGGAUUCGUUGGUUCCAUAUUUGGACUGGUUGGGAUGAAGUGUACAAAAGUCGGAGGCUCAGAUCAGACUAAAGCUAAAAUAGCUUGUUUAGCUGGGCUGAUUUUCAUACUUUCUGGGUUGUGCUCUAUGACUGGUUGUUCCCUAUAUGCAAACAGAAUCACAUCGGAAUUCUUUGAUCCUACUUUUAUUGCACAAAAGUAUGAGUUAGGAGCAGCUUUGUUCAUUGGAUGGGCUGGAUCAUCACUUUGUAUAAUUGGUGGCAGUAUAUUCUGCUUCUCAAUAGCUGAAAACAACAAAACCCCAAGGAUCGGGUACACAUACAAAGGAGCCACAUCUGUGAUUUCCUCUCGGACAAAGGCCCACAGUAACACAGCAGACUUUAAACUGCCCAAAGACUCUCCACGGCACUUUGACAAAAAUGCUUAUGUUUAACUGUACUAUCCUAAGAACCAGAGCCAAUUUUUAAAUCAGUUUGUACAGUUCGUUUACAGAGUAAUUUCCAGAAGAGUAUCGAAGCAAUCGCCACCAGAACAAUGAAUUUUUAAAAUAUUAUCUUGCAGGAUUUUACAUGUUGAUAUCAAUUUUCUUAUACAAUGUUUUAAGAAUUAUAUUGGUGGUAUACAUAAAAUUCAUAACUGUAAAUCACUUGAUGAUGUAGCCUUGUAUAAAAAAAUAAAUGGGAUAUUUACAGAUA